AUGUGGUCUAAGAUCUCAAUGAUUUUGACGUUGAUAAGUAUUGUUGUAACAGAAGUUACUGUACCCGGUAUAGAUAGGACCAUGAGCGAAGGUGUACGAAGUCUAGGAUAUAAAAUAGUGUACGGCGAUGAGGACAUGAUGGACAUCAAUGAAGUAAUUAAGGAUACGGAGAAAAUUGACGGUUUGAAAAGCAAGAUUAAUCUCAACGAGGCCAUCCCGCCACUACCAGCACAAGAUGUUAAAUGCUUGAUGUCGACAGAUAAUCACUGUACUAAAGAUAUGUAUGAAAUUAAAGGGGUAUUAAUACAAGCGAUGAAAAAUGACUGUGCAAAAUGUUCAGCGGAAGAGAAAAAGAACGCAGGGAAAGUGAUAGCGUCCAUGAUGGCCCAUGAUCCUGUUGCCUGGAAAACGUUUCGCAGCAGGUGUGCGUUAUUGAUAAAGUCUCAAAAAAGUUUUCAAAGGCAAAAAAAACUCAGAUUAAAAAUAAUAGGACAUCCUCAAGAAAUACAUGAUUCAAAUAACAGAUAUAUAUUACCAGGUGCUAAGGUUAGAGUGAAGAGGUAUCAAAUGGAGAAACUUUAA